AUGGAUUCAAUGAGCUCAGCAGAAGACAGCGUGUCAAGCCUGGACAGUCAACCCAUGCGGGACGUGGUGUACCCCAUUGGUGAGGCGACGGAGGUGCCAGGCACAAACGGGGGCCUUUUCAAGACGGUUCUUGUGGCUGGCACAGGAACCCGCCCCGUAAAAGAUGCGAAAGUGACGGUCCACUACGUCGGUACACUCGAGGCGGACGGAUCAAAGUUUGACAGCAGUCGCGAUCGUGGGGAGUACUUUGAGUUUACCCUCGGCCGUGGGCAGGUCAUUAAAGGCUGGGAUAAGGGCGUGGCCACAAUGCAGAUCGGAGAGAAGGCGGUGUUGAAGUGCUCGCCCGAGUAUGGCUACGGUGCCGCGGGCAGUCCACCAAAGAUUCCGGCAAAUGCUACGCUGUUGUUUGAGGUGGAACUUUUUGGCUGGACACGCGAAGAAGACAUUUCGGAGGAGAAAGACAAGUCCAUCAUGAAAAAUAUCACCGUUGACGGCGUUGACUACGAAAAGCCUGGAUACGAGUCGACGGUAAAGAUUGACCUCCGCGUGUACUGCGGCGCACAGGAGGAUGGUAAACUUCUGUGCGAACGGCUCGGUUGGGAAAUUGUUCUUGGUGAUGUGGCGGUACCGCCGCACCUUGAAGCAUGUCUCUCAUCAAUGCGCAAACGUGAGGCGGCGGCGUUCCGCAUCGCUGGCCACCGCAUCACAGAGCCUUGUGAAGAAUUUAACAUUGCUGCACAUGAGCCGGUGACGUACGUGGUGGAGCUGCAUGAGCUCGAGAAGGUAAAGACGUGGAAGUUUCAAGGGCAGGAGCGUCUGGAUGCGUGUGAACAGCGGAGGCAACAGGGGAAUGACGCUUUCCGUGCUGGGAAAUUGGACGUGGCAGAGCGGAAGUACCGUCGUGCGCUGGAGUUUGUUGAGACAGACAGCGGCCUGAACGACAACGAAGAGGAAAAGGAGGCGGCACGGAAAGCGCGUGUUAUUUUGUGGGGCAACCUUUCGCAGGUGCUGCUGAACAAGCGGAAAUUCAAGGAGUGCAUUGAGUACUGCGACAAAGUCAUUGGAUUGGAACCAAAGAAUGCCAAGGCACUCUAUCGCCGUGCUAAGGCGAAUGACGCGCUGAGUGAGUGGGAUGAAGCCAAGCGGGACGUGGAACAGUUGCUCGCCAUCGAUGCUGAGAACCCCGACGCAAAAGUGCUUCUGCAACAUGUGCAAGAGCAACGAAGGGCGUACGAAAAGAAACAACGAUCCGUUUACAAGAAGUUGUUUGCAUCAUAG